CAAAAAGUUCUCCUAAUCAUUUUUAAAUGUCCAUAUUCAUCAUUCAUCGUUCAUUUAUCUGUCCGUCCGACCGCCCACAAUCCCCUCUGACCGCAGUCCAGCAAAAGUCCAACCACCGUUCACCGCCGCGCCGUCCUUAAUACUCUCCUCCCCUAUUUAUAGACUACUAGGGCUACAAUGCACUUCACCUCAGAUCUCCCCAUUUCAGACCCGAUUCGAUCUCAUCGGGUUCAAUGACGAGAGGCUAUGCGGCGGCGGCGGCGGCGGAGGAGGAGGAGUACCUGUUCAAGAUCGUCAUCAUCGGGGACUCGGCGGUGGGGAAGUCCAACCUGCUUUCCCGAUACGCCAUGAACGAGUUCCACCCCCACUCCAAGACCACCGUCGGGGUUGAGUUCCAGACUCAGACCCUCCGGAUCGACGGCAAAGAGGUCAAGGCCCAGAUUUGGGACACCGCCGGCCAGGAGCGAUUCCGCGCCGUCAUCUCCGCUUACUACCGCGGCGCCUUCGGCGCCCUCGUCGUCUACGACAUCACCCGCCGCACCACCUUCGAUAGCGUUCCUCGCUGGAUCCAGGAACUCAACACUCAUUCUGAAACCACAGUUGCAAGGAUGCUGGUGGGCAACAAAAGCGACUUGGGGAAGAUAAGGGCUGUGAGUGUGGAGGAAGGGAGGAGCCUCGCCGAGGCCGAAGGCCUUUUCUUCAUGGAGACGUCCGCCCUAGACUCCACAAACGUGACGCGCGCUUUCGAGAUGGUCGUCCGCGACAUCUAUAACAACGUCAGCAGGAAGGUCUUGAACUCUGAUUCUUACAAGGCACAGUUGUCUGUGAACAGAGUUUGCCUUGGCAGCAGAGAUGAUUAUAACAAUAAUAAUGGUUUGGAACAUGAUAAUGAGGAGAAGAUUAACAAGGGCUAUUCUUGUUGCUCCAGAUAGCUACUACUCCACUAUAUAUAUACCUGUCCAAAGAAGAGUUUGUUUGUUUGUUUAAUAAUUAUAUCUGUACGUAAUACCACUUACCAAACAGGUUGGCCUUCACAUUUCUUUCUUUCUUUCAUAGUGUCUUGUUGUGAACGAAAGGCAUUAUACGGAGUAUAUUUCAUUUUCAUGUUAAAUUUAUUGCUAAAAAUUAAAGGUUGCAACUCUUUCUAUCUCUAUUUAUCCUUUAAAAAAUAUAUAUUGCCUGCAUAAAUUUUUACAACCAAU